AUGGGCGAACCUAUUUCUUCUACCGCCUCGGCGGCAAUUCCGGUAACUUCCCCAUUUUUUCUUCAUUCCUCCGACCAGCCAAGCACUCCGCUUGUUACCAUUCUUCUCGAUGGGGAUAACUUCCCCACCUGGCAUCGCUCCAUGCUCAUGGCGCUUGAAGCCAAAAAUAAGCUUCCUUUUAUCGAUGGUUCUCUCCCAAAACCAGACACCGAUUCUCCAGACCUUCCUCUUUGGAUUCGAUGCAAUAGUAUGGUUCGCUCUUGGAUUGUACAUUCCACCGUCUCCUCCAUUGCUCAUAGCAUUGUCUGGCUUGAUACCACCCUCGCGGUCUGGAUCGAUCUCCAUGAACGUUUUUCCCCCAAGAAUGCACCUAGGAUUUUUGAGAUUCGUCAAGCUCUGUCGACUUAUGUUCAGGGCACUGAUUCCAUCACUGCCUAUUACACCAUUAUCAAAGGCUAUAGGGACGAACUACUCUCUUACCGUGAUUUGCCUGCUUGCACCUGUUGCACGUUGUCUUCUCUUUACACCUUGCUGGAAACUGAUUCUCCAAUGGAUUUUUUCCAAGGAUUAAACGACUCAUAUGCUGCUGUCCACAGUCAGAUCUUACGUAUGGAACCACUUCCUACCAUGACCAAGGCAUAUUCCUUGUUGCUUUAG